AUGGGAUCCGAGACACCACAUGGUCAUCGUCGAAGUCCAAAUGGGUCAUCGACACACGCUGCAAUUGCUACCGUCAGUCUUCCCAAGCCGGCCGCAACAAGUAGACUCUUCCAUGGCCCAUUCGAAGGGGAAGGCGAAGAUGGAGAGAAUGACGAAGACGAUGAAAUCAGAGCUGACCUGAAGUCCAGUGGUCAGCCCAGCAAAGCUGGCAUUGAUGCCCGGAUAGAUCACAUCAGUGAGGAGAUCCAAGAAGUGAUGGAGAGCUACGAAAUCGAGCUCAACAGAAAGAUCAUCCCUGUCAAAGCGAUUCGGAACAUCACUGGCCAUAACAUCCUACGCUACAAGAUACAUGGCGACAAACAACUCCCCUUCGUCAAGACACGAACCACCCAACGCAUGGAAGAAGGCGAUGUAUUCGCUAUUGAAACCUUCGGCAGCACUGGAAAAGCUUAUCUCAGAGAUGAUGUAGGAGUUUAUGGCUACGGGUGCAAUGAGCAUGCCAGCGCUACUGGCCUUCGUCAUGCCUCCGCCAAGUCACUGCUGAAGACGAUCCAUGAGAACUUCGGAACUCUUGUCUUCUCCAGGCGUUACCUAGAGCGCAUUGGAGUGAAGAAUUACCAUCUCGGCAUGAGGUCGCUUGUCUCGAAUGGUAUUGUUGAGUCCUAUGCACCGAUGGUCGAUGUUCCUGGCUCUUAUGUUGCACAAUUUGAACAUGUGAGAAUUUGUCCACAGUUGAAGACUGCGGAAUAUACUGACACCAUCUUCUAA